UUAUCGUGAGGAUAGAUAAAGAAAUUCAGCUCGCCCUGAUACAAGUUAUCAGUCAUAUCGUCAUGUGAGCUCUGCGCAAAUACACGUGGCCAUGGCGAAAGCACCAAACAAAGACGCACUCCAGGAGUUGAGGGUGGAUUCCCUGACGCAUAAGCCGCGGAGGGGACGUUUGGGAAAUAACACUGGGAAUAUUGUGACGGGAAGAUCAGAUUUUGUGUACGUGAAUCCUGUUUUUGUAGCCAGCACGCAUAAUGUGAGGAUACAGGAGCAACAGAGGUCGAUACAAGCGCCUACGAGUGUGGUCAUCGAGCAAUACUGGGCCUGUUCGAGGUGGACCUCAGGGCAGAGGUUUCUGGCUAUUGCGGUCGCAGUACUUCUUGGCGCAGUUGUAGGGCUGGCAGUAACUGUUGUCCUUACCAAAGGCAAUCCAAACGACCUCGUCGGAGGUGGUAUAUUCAGCAGAUUCAAUUCUGCGCCCGAUUAAAACCUUAAUAUUAUCGUAAUAAGGUUUUAUUUAUGCGUGAGCUUUAACAUGGCCCGGGCUGUGAUCUAUGACUUUUUAGAAUCAAUAUUUAUUUUAUUUACAUUUAGGAUCAUUUUUUAUUAAAAAAGAACGUGAUGAAAUGAACUGUUACUAA